AGAACUUGGCCUUUUGUUUCCCCCUAAGGCAAGAGUGUGUCAGUGGUGUGUACUGUGGUGAGUUUGGCCUCUAAACUUGGAUUCUUUUGACUGUCAUGUCACUCACUUUGAUACAUCUAUAUCCAUGAGCUUCUGCCAUGUAAAUUUUACUCCGAUUUGAUCUACUCCUCUCAAACUCAAGUGCCUAAAGUAUCAAAGCAAAAACGUUAUACUCAUGGAAUGAUAUCUUCAAUCUUCAUCUCAGCUAUUGUGACUUCCUUUCAGCUACCAAAGGCCAUGAUUUUCUACCCUUACGAGUAUUUCUUUUUUUUGGGGUCUGCCAAUUGAAGUAUUGAUCUCAAAGAGGAAAGAAAGUUGCUGCUUUUAUUAUCAGGUCACUGAUAUUUCUGUCUUUAGUAUGGUUGGCUUCGGCAAAAAGUUGAGAGAAUUACAAGUUCAAGAAUGGAAAGGAUAUUACAUCAACUACAAGUUAAUGAAGAAGAAAGUCAAGAGAUAUAUAGAACAAAUGGAGGUUGGAGCUCAAAAUCGCCAUAAUGUUCUCAGAGACUUCUCAUUGCUGCUAGAUAAUCAGAUUGAAAAAAUUGUUUUAUUUCUGCUUGAACAACAAGGAGUACUUGCACAUAGGCUGUCAGAUAUUGGACAAGAGCACCAUGCCCUUUUCCAGCAGCCAAAUAGUUUAAACAUCUCUGAACUCCAAGAAGCAUAUAGAGAAGUUGGAAGAGAUCUUUUAAGGCUUCUUAAUUUUGUGGAAAUGAAUGCUAUUGGCUUGAGAAAGAUCUUGAAGAAGUUUGAUAAGAGGUUUGGCUAUAAAUUCACAGACUAUUAUGUGAAGACACGUGCAAAUCAUCCUUAUUCCCAAUUAAGGCAGGUUUUCAGGCAUGUGGGCAUUGGGGCUGUUGUUGGAGUCUUAUCUCAUGGUCUUGCAGACCUUCAGGAUUUACAACAUUGUCAAGGAAGCUACAUUUCUAUAUAUGACCAACCUUCUUAUACUCAUCAAGAUCCUAUUCUUGAUUCUAUCAAAGUGGCUGUAGACAGAUUAUCAAACUCAACAAACUUCCUUCAGUUUUUGGGAAGACAUGCUUUUAUCAUGCAAGAGGAGCUACCAUCUCCAUCUGAAGAUCAUAUUGUUGAUGAACGUUAUCAUUUUAUGUCACUUCUUUUGAACUUGGCAAAUACAUUUUUGUAUAUGGUGAACACUUACAUCAUUGUACCUACGGCAGACAACUAUACUUUGAGCCUUGGAGCUGCAGCAAGUGUGUGUGGUGUGGUCAUCGGUGCAAUGGCUGUUGCACAGAUAUUUUCUUCAGUUUAUUUCAGUGCAUGGUCAAACCGAUCAUAUCUAAGGCCACUUGUAUUUAGUAGCAUGGUUCUUCUAGUUGGAAACACCAUGUAUGCAUUGGCUUUUGAUAUGAAUUCAAUAGUAGUUCUACUGAUGGGACGUCUUUUUUGUGGGUUAGGCUCUGCAAGGGCAGUGAAUAGGCGUUAUAUAAGUGAUUGUGUGCCGUUGAAACUUCGGAUGCAAGCUUCAGCAGGUUUUGUUAGUGCAAGUGCUCUAGGAAUGGCUUGUGGUCCAGCUCUUGCUUGUUUGUUACAGAAAAAUUUUAGGAUUUACAAGUUCACCAUAAACCAAGACACUCUCCCUGGCUGGUUAAUGGCUCUUGCAUGGCUUGUCUAUCUACUGUGGUUGUGGAUUUGUUUCAAGGAACCCGCCCGUGAGAAUCAAGCAAAUCAUGUGUCAUAUCAAGCAGAUACAGGACCAGCAAUACAUGUUGCAGUAGAGAAUGAACAUACACUACCAUUACUAAUGAACUCAGAAGCAAAGGAGCAGGAUGAUGAGGGAGAAGAAGAAAAUGACAAUGCUGAAGAAACUAAGAAACCUGUGACUUCUAUUGUGAUGGCAUAUAAGUUACUUACACCAUCAGUCAAGGUUCAAUUGUUUGUGUAUUUUAUGCUCAAGUAUGCAAUGGAGAUCGUCCUUGCUGAAUCAAGCCUUAUCACGGAAUACUAUUUUAUUUGGUCAACCAGCAAUGUCUCCAUUUUUCUUGCAUGCCUUGGUCUUACUGUACUUCCCGUAAAUAUUGUUGUUGGAAACUACAUCAGCAACAUGUUUGAAGAAAGGCAAGUUCUACUGACUUCAGAAAUCAUGGUUUGCGUUGGACUACUCCUAAGCUUCCAUAUAAUUAUUCCCUAUUCUGUUACACAAUAUGUUGGAUCAGCCCUUAUCACGUUUGUAUCUGCUGAAGUUCUUGAAGGAGUGAACCUUUCACUUCUAUCAAAAGUGAUGUCAUCAAGGCUUUCACGCGGAACCUUCAAUGGAGGAUUGCUUUCAACAGAGGCUGGAACCCUAGCCCGUGUAAUUGCAGAUGGAACAAUAACAAUCUCUGGUUAUUUCAGUGAAAGUCAACUUCUGAAUACCACUUUACUCCCUGCACUCCUCAUCUGCAUCUCAUCAAUUGUUGCCACCUGCUACAGCUACAACUCUCUUUAUUAGAGUAAUAGUAGUUUAGUAGUUACCUUUCCAUAAAAAUCUGAAGUGUAUAUAUAUAGUAAUUGUGUAAACCACUGUCAUCAGUGGCUAAAAAUGCUGCAUUAUCCAGUGUCACUAAAUCUGGUUGACAGCAUAAUGAUUUUCAACUAUUAUGUUUCUAUCCAUAAUUCAGGAGCAAAAUUCUCCUAAUGUUGAGUUGUUUCAAUCAGAAAGUUGAACCAAACAUUGUUAAAAGAAUAAUAUAAUCAACAUGGAGAAUACAACUUGUCAA